GUCAAUGGUAGGGGAUGAUGUGUAGUACAAGCAUGUGGCGUCAACACAGCCUCGUUGGGCAAUCUGCCUAUUGGGAUAUCCAAUGCCACAUGGGAGGUCUUCAUUGGCGGCUUAUCGUUGCUCGCUGUUUGGAGACUUCGCUCUCGCAAACCUAACCAGGCUCUACCGGCUCAAUUAUGCCAACUCGUGAAGCGUCGAACGAUCUGACAACCACAAUAUAUUAUCUUUCUUCCUGCACACUUUGCAGUUUGUCGGGCUGCAUCCCCUAUCAUCAUGGACCCGUUGAGUGCGCUGAGCAUUGCCGCGGCAGGGGUGCAGUUUGUCGAUGUCGGAACCAGGCUGCUUUCAGACGUGGUUGAGAUAUGCAAAUCUGCAACUGGACAGACGGAGAGGGUCCUUACUCUGAGAAGACUCGCCAGCGACCUCGAUGCACUUACCUCCCGUAUUGAAGAAAAGGGGUCGCAGAUACAACUGAAUUCGCUGCCGGGAUCUCCGGAUUGUAUGUUUCUGGAGGCGUGCCGGCAGUGCAAGGAAGUUAGCAAGGAACUAGCCGACAUUAUGCAGGCGCUGGGAUUGAGGCCUGUGGCACACCGGUCGACAUUCAAGCUGGAGUUCAAGUUCAGAUCGGCCGCGGUAAAACUGGCAGCAGCAGGCAGACAUAUCGUAUCCGAAAGCAAGAUCAAGGACCUGACCAGCAAACUCAUGGCGCUUCAGGCGCAGAUGCAGACAGCAGCGCUCUUUGCACUGUGGGAGAAAGCACAGAACGAAGGCAUGACCCUCUGCCAGGCGACCCAGCAGCAGGCCGACAUGAUCUCGAAAAUUGAGCGUGUGGACUCGACAACCAGAAAUAUGGCUGCCCUACUCAACGACGUGGUCGCAGGGGACAGAUCCCUUGAAUCAGCUACGGAAACCUUUGGGGCGUUCUGGUCAUCGUCGUCGACGCGUCUCGACCUGAUCCGCGCCAUGUGGUCGGCGGACUGGUCGCCGCGAACAAGCCAGCUUUCCGCGACCGAUUCUCACUUUGCGCAAGCGGCCGGACUGCAAAUCAUCAACAGCCUCGCUUUCCAUUCCAUCAAAGACCGCGAGAAGUCAAUCCCACAGGCGUACCGCGACACGUUUGAAUGGGCAUUCGAGCCACAGUCGGGUUCCGAUGGAGCGCUGGCAUGCCUGGAUCUGGGAAGUCAAGUCUUUACGACCCAUCAAAGCCUAGUAGAGCACCUUUCCGUCUGGGCCGGAUCGCAUCAACUGCUUACCGCGUCCUUCUAUUUCUGGAAUGCCGGGAACGACCUGCAAAAGUCCCACGAGGGCCUACUUCGCACACUCCUCAUUCAGUGCCUACGACAAAUGCCCGAUCUCAUGCCGCGAGUCUUCGAGAGGCGGUGGGCCUACAUGCAAAUGGUUGGCACCGAUGCUGAGCAUCUCUUGCCGCCAUGGGAAUGGGACGAGCUCCUAUCCUGUUUCAAAAGCCUGGCUUCCUAUGCACGGAGCGAGUUCCGACUGGUUCUGUUCAUUGACGGGCUGGACGAGUUCUCCGGGCAGCAUGAAAAGCUCGUCGAGCUCGUCAAAGAGCUCAGCGGGUGGGAACGUCUGAAACUCUGUGUCAGCAGCCGUCCCUGGAACAUAUUCAGCGAUGCUUUCCACAGAAACCCAAGUCUCAGGCUUCAGGACCUAACCGAGCACGACAUUAGCCGCUAUGUCACAGGCCGUUUCACAUCGGAGCCGGCGUUCAACGAACUCCGGUCUCUGCAUCCAGCAGAAGCCGCUAGACUUCUCCAGGAAAUCUGCGCGAGAGCGGACGGCGUUUUUCUGCACAUCAGCCAGUCAGCACGGUAUUUUCUCCUCGUGCUAGCCUCAUCCUCCUGGUUCGAUAUCGAUAUGAUCCGUAUGAAGAUGACGGCCGUGACUCUGCUAUUGGCCGAUGAGGAUGAAGGGAGCUCAUACCACCAUGACUUUCCCCGGCUCAUACAAAGCGGAGAAGCCCAGAUGGUUGCCACAAUGCGUCGUCGACUGGCCAGCCGAACCAUGGGACUUCUGGAGAUCUCGCCGUCUGGAGCAGUUCAGUUUCUGCACCGGGCCGUGCUCGACUGGGCUAGGCAGGAGUCGCAGGACGAUCAUCUCACCAACUUCAAGCGCGACGUCUCCGCAGACUUUAACCCACACAUAGAGCUUCUGAAGGCGCAAACCACGAAACUGAAGGCUGCAACAGUUCACAACCAGGCCAGUGACCUGCUGGGGAUGGGAAUCUGGACUGACGUUCCAUACUGCCUCGACCUCGCGGCAUGGGUGGAGCAUAACGCGUCCGAGCCAGCCGAACCAGGGACCAUGGCCAGGCUAAUACGGAUGCUUGAGAGGUUGGACACAUCUCAAACGCCGACAAAGAUCGUUUGA